CGGACUUGAGCUCGGACAAGGUCAAUUCGCAGUCAUACAAGAGAUCAAUACUCCAACUAAAUUAAAACAUUCCGAUUGAUAUAAUAAUUUUGUGAUUGUACACGUUUCAAGGAACCGCAACCUACUGCAAAAAUGAUUAACAUCGCUGGUGUUGUGAGCAUUGUGCUCUUCUAUCUGCUAAUCCUAAUCGUUGGCAUAUGGGCGGGACGUAAGAAGGCGGCCGGCAAUGAUUCCGAAGAGGAGGUGAUGCUAGCAGGACGUUCCAUUGGCCUUUUUGUUGGCAUAUUCACAAUGACCGCAACUUGGGUUGGUGGUGGCUAUAUAAACGGUACAGCGGAAGCUAUUUACACGUCGGGACUGGUAUGGUGUCAGGCGCCGUUUGGUUAUGCUUUAAGCUUAGUUUUCGGUGGUAUUUUCUUUGCAAACCCCAUGCGUAAGCAAGGUUACAUCACAAUGUUGGAUCCGCUACAGGACUCUUUUGGUGAACGCAUGGGUGGUUUACUUUUCUUGCCAGCACUUUGUGGUGAGGUAUUCUGGGCUGCAGGAAUUUUAGCUGCUUUAGGCGCCACAUUGUCCGUCAUCAUUGACAUGGACCAUCGCACUUCGGUGAUACUUUCCUCCUGCAUUGCUAUUUUCUAUACGCUUUUCGGUGGCUUGUAUUCGGUCGCCUAUACCGAUGUCAUACAAUUGUUUUGCAUCUUUAUUGGACUAUGGAUGUGCAUACCCUUUGCAUGGGCCAAUGAUCAUGUGAAAAGUUUGUCUUCGAUGGAGGUCGAUUGGAUCGGUCAUGUAGAUCCGCAAAAGCAGUGGUUCUACAUAGACUAUGGCCUGUUGCUGGUCUUUGGCGGUAUACCAUGGCAGGUGUAUUUCCAACGUGUAUUAUCCAGUAAGACAGCUGGUCGCGCUCAGCUGUUGUCCUAUGUUGCGGCGGCAGGUUGCAUCCUAAUGGCAAUUCCACCGGUACUCAUUGGCGCUAUUGCAAAAGCCACAGCGUGGAAUGAAACCGACUACACUGGCCCCUAUCCACUGACUGUCGAUCAGACUAGCAUGAUUCUACCCAUGGUAUUACAGUAUCUCACACCGGACUUUGUAUCAUUCUUUGGCCUGGGCGCCGUCUCAGCAGCUGUCAUGUCUUCGGCUGACUCCUCUGUACUCUCGGCUGCCUCGAUGUUUGCACGCAAUGUUUACAAGUUGAUUUUCCGUCAGAAAGCUUCCGAAAUGGAAAUUAUUUGGGUAAUGCGUGUUGCAAUUAUAAUUGUGGGCAUACUUGCAACUAUAAUGGCGCUAACAAUUCCCUCCAUCUAUGGGCUUUGGUCCAUGUGCUCCGAUUUGGUGUAUGUUAUAUUAUUUCCACAGCUUUUGAUGGUCGUACAUUUCAAGAAACACUGCAACACUUAUGGCAGUCUUUCUGCCUACAUAGUGGCUCUGCUUAUUCGUUUAUCGGGCGGUGAGGCAUUGCUCGGUCUACCGGCUCUUAUACAUUUCCCCGGCUAUGAUGAGGAGUCACAAACUCAGUUAUUCCCCUUCCGCACCACGGCCAUGAUAAUGAGUCUGAUAACACUGAUAGGAGUCUCUUGGUGGACAAAAAUGAUUUUCGAAUCGGGUAAACUACCACCGAGUUACGACUAUUUCCGUUGUGUAGUGAAUAUUCCUGAAGAUGUACAAAGAGUGGGAGAGCCGUCAGAAGCUGGCGAGCAGCUUUCUGUUAUGGCUGGUCCAUUGGCACGUUCCUAUGGUGCCGCCACUAUGGCCGGCAAAGAUGAGCGUAACGGUCGCAUUAAUCCGGCGCUAGAGUCCGACGAUGACCUGCCCGUUGCCGAGGCUAAACGUAUGAAUCAGCAGACAGCGCAGGCGCAAGUGCAGAAGAUGUUGAGCAAAGCGACGGGUAAAGGUGGCAGCGGCAGUGACAGCAGCAGUGGGGGAGGUGGUAGCGGUGGUGGCGGUGGUGGCG